AUGCUUCGGUAUUUCCGGAACAGGCAUAUCGAAGGUGAAGUGGUGGUUCAUUGCACCGACGGCCUGAGACGAACAAGCGUAGUACUGAUGGCAUUACUGGUGAUGGAGUCGAUCCUCAGCACGGGGUGUUUGCGUGUCAAAGAAGCGCUCACAAAACUGCGGAAAUGCCGGCCUGGAAUGGUUUCGAAUCAGGAGGACUUCAACCUUGCCCUGGAAAUUGCGGAUGAGCUUCUGCAUGGCGCUGCUACUGCCUGGGGGGCCGAUGAAUUCAAAGGGAAUUUAUCAAAAACCAGCUCGCUGUUGUUCAGGAAGGCCCACGUGCUCGAGUCCGUGUCGGUCUCCGAGGCAGUCCAGCGACCUGCUUUCCUCGACAUGCACCGAUUUCCAAGCAUCAUCCCCCUGGAUACCCGUCGAGUGGUUCUUCAGAGCGAGGAUCAGAUUGACGACGAAGGAGACAAAGAGGAGCACGAUAGGAAGAGCCUCAAGGAUGAAAAUCAAGACUCGCGAGAGGACAAACGCCUUCCGAGUAACAGCUACAUCAACGCGGUGUGGGUUGAUAGCUACGACCGGCGGUUUGGUUUUGUGGUGACCGAGCACCCGCUGGCGGAAAUGCGGGAGCGGUUCUGGCGACUUGUGGUUCAGAACCGCUGCCAAAAUGUUGUCUUCUGCAAUGAUUACACCAAAGUUGAUCAAGAAUUUCCGAAUAUACUUCCUGGAGAAGGAGGAGAAAUGAACUUUGGUAAAUACCUGGUACAAGUGCUGGCUGUUCAGGCACCAGCGAAGCAUAUUAUCAAGUACCAAGUAAAUAUCACAUUAUGUCAGUUACGUGACGCGCCUCUAAUGGUAUCAGUGUACAAAAUUACUGGCUGGCCGUAUGGACAAGAGCUCCCAGAGUCCUCGAGAGUGGUGGGCGAUGUGGCCGAGCUGCUCUGUGAAUCCUUCUCCGCACCCGACAGGGGCCCGAGCCUGCUUUGCUGUGGUGACGGUGUGACUGCGAGCGGCUUGCUCGCUGGGGCUGUUUGUGUAGUACAGAGGCUCAGGGACAGCCGAGAGGUAGACAUUUACCGCACUGUUGUAAAGCUGAAGAGGUGUCGCCAUGAAUUUAUCACUUCCUCGAAACAGUUUGAGUUCCUGUAUUUUGUAGCUGCUCGUUACAUCGACGCCACGAUGAUCUACGAGGGAGAGCAAGAAGGGGAUCUGCGAGGGAAAUCGCUAACUGAAAAGCGUUAAGAGGCGAAUAUUGUGAAGC